AUGAAAGUCUUGCUUGCUCUCUCCGCUCUUGCCUUCCUUUCUUGCCCUGCCGCAGCGGUCGACCUUGAUCCAACAGCAGACUGUGGAACGCACAGUAUAGGCUGGAUCAACCAAUGCACCCGAUCUGCCUCUAACUGCUGCUACUACGCAGCCGAAAAGGCCAAUACAACCUGUCCGAUGACUCGUGCAAAACAUUAUGCCUUGCGAGGACGGUGCGUGUCGCUCUUCCAGGGCAGCGCAAGUCCCUACAACAAAACCGACUGUGUCACCGCCACUCUGGCCGGCAUAGCCUUGCUUACGGGGGAUUUUGAACUUGGCUUCAGUUGUACUAUUGAUGACAUCAAAGACAUGGAGUAG